AUGCCGCCAAGCAUCCCGGGUUCGUUCUCCGCAACGAGCGAGCAAGUCUUGCGCUUGCUAGUUGAGGAGGCCAGCAGCGACGUCAGCAUCUUCUUGCCGCCCGGCGAGGACAUAAAGCUGGGCAGUUAUAUUGGUUGUUCGUCAGAGGUGAAAAUCACUAUUUUUAGCGACGGCGACGGCGCAACGCUCGACGGCCAGGGAACGACGGGUCUCUUUGUGCUGCGUCGUGGGUGCAGCCUCUCCCUGCGGGGCGUGACGCUCGUGAAUGCGAGUGCGGCGGAAGGUUUUAGCGGCAUCAUUGAUGCGAUGUACGCCGGCGACAUCACACUGGUCGACUCGAUCGUCAUUGGGUCUCGGACGACCGCUCGGGGCGGCGCCAUCCAAGCACACGCCGGCGGGUCGGUCUCGCUGAUAAACUCGACCUUCAAGGACUGCGCGGCGGCAGACGGCGACCUCGCACAGCUGGAGUCGGAGGUGGGCUUUCAGCCGAAGGUCAAAAUCCUCCUCGGCUUCUACCAGAUUAGCAGCACCCUGAGCGGCGUCUAUGGAGUGCACCUGGAGAACACCUCCCUGGCGCAGCGCUGGCUGUACUUUGUGAGACAGUUCGAGAUCAAUCCCGUCGGGCUUGUCUUUCCGGGCUCAUGCCUCGGCUCGAUGCGGGUUCAGCUUCUCAUCGGGAGCCUCUGGCCGUUCGUAGCCGGGACGGCGGUUGCGCUCGCCAUCAUCGCUCAUGAGAUGGCCACCUACCGCAGCGUCCGGUCCGCCCUCGACCACGCUAAAGGCCGGAUGCUGUGGUGGAUGAUCCUCAUUCUCUACCUGGUGCUCCCCUCCGUCUCUCGCUCCAUCUUCAGCGCCAAGUCGUGCCAGUCCUUUGUCUAUGACGACACUACUGAAGAUCGAAUCAGCUACCUACGCGCCGACUUGACGACUACGUGCAACCGGGGACCAAAUUGGACUGACGGCUCGAAUGAGCUUGAAGCCUAUUUUUGGUCCUUCUUUAUCCUUUGGCCCGUGCUCGUCCCGUGUUGCUUCCUCGCGCUGCUGCUGAGCAUCCGAUCCGCCGUGAGGGCGCAGCGCGCCUCGAGGCUGUCCCGCGCGACAGCUUUCCUUUGGCGCGACUACACCUCGCGCUGCCUCUUUUGGGAGGUGCUCGACCUGCUCCGCAAGAUCUUCCUCACCUCAAUGGUGCUCUUUAUCGACUCCGAGUUCGGUUCGAGCAAGCUCGAGAGGUCCAUCGUCGCCGCGACCGUCUCAGCCAUGUACCUCGCGAUCCUCGCGCUGGCUCGUCCGUACCGCCGCGCCGACGACCUCUACCUGGCGUGCCUGAGCAGCCUGCUGCUAACCUGCUGCUUCAUCUCGGGCAUCGUAGUGCAGCUGUGCGAUAGCAACGUGUACGAGAACAUGUGCUUCAAUCUGAUCGGGUUCGCAAGCGCCGACGGCGCCAUCGCCUUCGUCAUCGCCCUCACCAUUGCCAUGCUCGCCGUCUCACUGGCUGUGGUGGCAGUGGCGGCGGCCAACGCCGCGACGGCACCCACCAUCCGCCUCGUCAGCAGCGGGCGUGAGCCGCUUCGCGACGGCUUCACCCUCGGCGAGGGCCUGCAGUGGCAUCUCUUCUUGAGCCACGUCUGGUCGACUGGGCAGGACGCGGUCGCGGUCAUCAAGAACCAGCUGCGGCGGCUGCUCCCAGGCAUACAGGUCUUUCUCGAUGUGGACAACCUGCAGCGCAUCGGCGACCUCGAGGCGUACAUCGGCCGCUCGCAGGUCGUGCUGAUCUUCCUCUCGCGCGGCUGCCUGCGCUCCAAGGCGCGAGACACGCGCCCCCCUCCCUGCCACACCUCUCUAGCGUCUCUCACGCUCACGUCGCCUGCGCAGAACUGCCUCCGCGAGGCCAGAGCCGCGCUGAGGCUGGGAAAGCCGCUCAUUCUGGUGCACGAGGCCGACCCGACCAAGGGCGGCGGCACCAUCAGGGCGCGUCGGACGACGGACAGAGACACACAUGCCCCGACGACUCCAGCCGAGCUCCGACACCCCCCCUUUCCGCAGGAGCUGAGGGCGGAGUGCCCUGUCGACCUGCAGCCCGACGUCUUUGACGCGGGCUGGCCUCUCGUGGUGUGGCAGCGCAUGGAAGAGUUCCAGCGAGUCUCACUCAAGAUGAUCGCCGAGGCGCUCCUGCUGCAGACGCCAAAGUACCGCAGCCAGCCAGCGCUGCCCCUCCGCAUCCCGGGCGAGCUGCAGGGGCAGGCGCUCAGCUUUCCCGUACAGCCCGUGCUCUGGGUGUCGACAGCCAACGACGGCGCGCGCGCUCUCGCCGAGGAGCUGCGAGUCGUCUUUCCCGACAUCGGAGUCACGGACGACGCGCCAAACGCCACUCAAUCCGACGCUGGAGAGGCGACGCACAUGCUGCUGUACCUCCGCGACACCACCUGGUCGGACGAACUGCUAGCCGAGCAUGUAAAGGCGGCGCGCGCCCGCGGGAUGCCAAUUGUGAUGGCGCACGAGAACGACCCCGACCGUGGCGGUUGCUCCUUCGACCGAUUUUUUCAGUCGACCCCGGACGAGCUGCUGUCCGAGGGACUGUACGACGCCCUCGCCGUCGCCUGCCUGCCGGGCUCGCACCGAGGAGUGUCUCUCCUGCUAAUCGCCAAGGAGCUCGGCGGCACGACGGCCGCUGGUGCCCGCGUUCACUCUGUCACUCGCGCCUCGCUCGUCCCAGCCCGACGAACGCCGACCCGAAGCAAGGAGGCCACCGCGCUGCCUCUGGAGCAUGUAUAGUUCUCUAGCUCAUCACCGCUCAUCGCUCCCGUAGUGUACCUGUGUUAGUGCCAGUGCGCGCCAGUCCCGUGCCCAGUGUCGUGCGAGGGAGCUUUGUUGUAAAAUUCUUUUUCUUGCG